CCGCUCUUCCUCUGAGCUGAGGAUGAGGAGGACGCCUGUUGUUCUCUGACGGCUGCUGCUCCGACUCUCGGGAACAUUUAUUUCACUUUUUUUAACAAACUCAUGGACUCACUGCCCGUCACCUAAAACCCAACAACCCAACGCCACCGCUGCUUCUGCUUCCUGUCUGCAGACCUUUAAUUAUCACUGUCACUUAUCGUUAAACAUCUGGAGGUUAAAAAUGUCUAUCAGACUAACUGUAGACGAUCUGACCAGCGGCAACAUGACAGAGUUUCAGGAGAAGCUCUGUCAGCAGCACGAGGAUUCGAUGCACCGUGAGCUCGAGUCUCUCAUUGCCACAGCCGACAAGGCCGAAGCAGAGACCUGCAAAAAAGACUUUGAUGGCUUCAAGAAGCUCUUCCACAGAUUCCUGAAGCACAAAGGUCCUUCGGUCGACUGGGCCAAGAUCCACCGGCCGCCAGAGGACUCGAUUCAUCCCUACGAGAAGAUCAAGUUGAGAGGUUUGCCCGAUGACAUCGCCGCCUGCCUCAACAAGCUGGCCGUGGUGAAGCUGAACGGUGGUCUGGGGACCAGCAUGGGCUGCAAGGGUCCCAAGAGUCUGAUCAGCGUCCGCAACGAGAACACCUUCCUGGACCUGACGGUGCAGCAGAUCGAGCACCUGAACAAAGCCUUCAACGCCAACGUGCCGCUCGUCCUCAUGAACUCGUUCAACACCGACGAAGAGACGAAGAAGAUCCUGCAGAAGUACAAACACCACCGAGUCACCAUCCACACCUUCAACCAGAGCAGAUAUCCGAGGAUCAACAAGGAGUCGCUGCUGCCGAUCGCUAAGACGAUGCGGGUGAACGGGGAGAACGUGGAGGCCUGGUACCCGCCGGGUCACGGUGACACCUACACCAGCUUCUACAACUCAGGCCUGCUGGACAAACUCAUCGCCGAGGGCAAAGAGUACAUCUUCGUGUCCAACAUCGACAACCUGGGCGCCACCGUCGACCUCUUCAUCCUCCAUCACCUGAUGAGCCAGCCGGCCGACAGACGCUGCGAGUUCAUCAUGGAAGUCACCGACAAGACCAGAGCCGACGUCAAGGGUGGUACGCUGAUCCAGUACGAUAAUCACCUGAGGCUGCUGGAGAUCGCUCAGGUGCCCAAAGCUCACGUAGACGAGUUCAAGUCCGUCACCAAGUUCAAGAUCUUCAACACUAACAACCUGUGGAUCUCUCUGCCGGCCAUCAAGAGGCUGCACGAGAAGAACGCCAUGGACCUGGAGAUCAUCGUCAACCCCAAGACGUUGGACGGCGGUCUGAACGUCAUCCAGCUGGAGACGGCCGUCGGCGCCGCCAUCAAGAGCUUCGACAACGUGUUGGGCGUGAACGUCCCGCGUAGCCGCUUCCUGCCGGUGAAGACGUCGUCCGACCUGCUGCUGGUCAUGUCCAACCUGUACAGUCUGGACAAUGGCUCGCUCACCAUGAGCAGGCUCAGAGAGUUCCCCAGCACACCGCACGUCAAGCUGGGCAGCUCCUUCACCAAGGUUCAGCAGUUUCUGGCUCGGUUUGAAAACAUCCCAGAUAUGCUGGAACUGGAUCACCUCACUGUGUCGGGAGACGUCACCUUCGGAAAGAACGUCUCUCUGAAGGGGACCGUCAUCAUUAUAGCGAAUCACGGCGACCGGAUCGAUAUUCCCGCUGGAGCGAUGCUGGAGAACAAGAUCGUUUCAGGAAACCUGCGGAUCCUCGACCACUGAGGCCUUCUGGGAAACAAACCGCACUCACUCAAAGCCAUCUGCACCUAGAAGAGACUCGGAGAGAUUUCCUUUUUUCUCUCGUCACUGAUGAUGAAACGGCGGGACUGUUACAGAGACAAAGAAUCACAGUUUGUUUUCCGUGUGACGAAGCUCAUCAUGAAGGUUUUUCUCCAGGAAUAAAGUCGCUGUUACUGCAAACGCUCGCUGCACAGUCUGAGCCGACUGCUUUGUCUUUUUCUGAAGUCAAUAAACGUGCAAUAUGGGUCACCUGA